UCUUACUUAAAUUCCAAAACAUGUUGUCAUUUCUCACAAUAUAAGUAUGCCCCAUUGUUAUGUAUAGACAACCAAUAUCUAGGUGCUUAAUUAAUCAUCUGGAAAGUUUUGUUUUAGUAAUUGAAUGGCAAGUUCUCAAGAGAAGCGAAUAAUGGUGUUAGCCAUGGAUGCACAUGAGCAUAGCAACUAUGCCUUGGAGUGGACCCUAGACCAUUUCUUCACCCCUUUUGGUGCAAAUGCUCCUUUCAAUCUUGUUAUCGUCAAUGCCAAACCCUCUCCUCCCCCGGCUGUCAGUAUGGCAGGACCUGGAGCCCUAGGAUCUGAAAUUUUUCCAGCCGUACAGGUGCAGCUGAAAGCGAAUGCUGAACAAAUUGCAGAAAAGGCAAAGCAAUUUUGUGCCAGUAAAUCGGUUCUUGAGGUGCUAGUGGAAGUGGUCGAAGGUGAUGCUAGGAACGUGUUGUGUGAUGCUGUAGACAGACACCGUGCAUCUGUAUUGGUUUUGGGUAGCCACGGCUACGGAGCUAUCAAAAGAGCAGUUUUAGGAAGUGUGAGUGACCAUUGUGCUCGUCAUGCUCAUUGUUCGGUGAUGAUUGUGAAGAGGCCCAAGUUCAAAUAUUAAGUCGCUCCCUGCCUUCCUACUGUACUUGAUGAUUAUAAAUGCAUAUAAAGUUUAUAUUUGAAUUUCAUAAUUCGUAUCCUAUGCUUUGAGAUGAACAUUUUGACAAAAUUUACUAUAUUUUGUAUAAUUACCUACGAAGUACGAACAAUAAGUUAUUACUCUAA